AUGGUCGGAGUUGCAUCUCCGGUUGACGCCUUCACGCCUUCACGCCUUCACGCGCAGGACCUGAGCCUCCGAGGGAAGAUGAUCUCCGGAGGUCUGUGCGCCAUUUACCUCUACUACUACCAGGUUGUGACCACGUACAUCAAGGAGCUCCGGCAGGUCAACUAUGAGGAGAUGAGGGAGGCCGAAAUCUUCAGAGUUGAUGUGGAGGCAGACAACAUCGAGAUUCUGACCUCUACAAUAUCUGGCCACAGGCUUCUCAUUCCAUCCCAGAAGGUGAAGGAGUUGCUGCAGCGUCGUGGAAUCACCACUCCGGAGCGCAAGGUGGUUGUGAUGGCUCCGGCGAACGUGUGGAGCGGCCUUUCCAGCAGCCUCGAUGAGAACAUCGUAUGGAAAAACGAGAAUGGGCUCACAGCGAUGGCUACAACGCAUGUGGGUGAUCUGGCAGUGACGGCGGACCAGAAGUGGCUCAACAAGUGUUACGACCUCUUCGUGCAACGUUUCAAGAAAGUGUCUCGGAAUGCGAUGCCGUUCGAGCACUGCGGUUGUGAAAACAAUACUGCUCCAUCCGGCAUUGUCAUCACUCAGAAGGAGUUCAGCAAGAAGAUUCCUUUGGCAGCUGUGCCGAAACAUGUGUCUAUUCUGCAGUCAAGUGUGACUACUGCAGAGGUUCGACAUUUGCAGCAGGUGAACAAGGUCAUCAAGCAGGCCCAGGGCCCGAACAAUGUCAACCUCGGCCUGCAGUACCGGAAGUUCAACACGAUGCAUCAGCGCAUCAUUGCGGUGCAUGAUUCAUCACAUGCAUCAAAAGGGAAGUGCUAUGCUCAGGAAGGGAUCCUCAUCAUGAUGAUCGAUGAUCCUGGCAUGGAGAAGAAAUACCUACACAUCGAGAAUGCGAUGAUCAGGAAGCAGCCCGCCAAGAGAAUCAGCUACAGCACGUGUCACUCGGAGACACUGGCGGCGGUGAGUGCGAUGGAAGUGGCUACACUGGUACGGCUGCGCCUCAGCGAGAUCAACUUCCCGAAGGUCAUGCCAACCGUCAAGGAGCUGAUCGCCAUCCAGGAAAAGGGGGACAUCAACAUGUCGAUUGACAUGUACACGGACUGCAAGGAGUACUACGAGCUCACGACGCGAUCUAUGCUUCCACAAGAUCGUACGCAGAGACUGUACAUCCUGUCGAUCCGCAAGUCUAGGAUCGCUGGGCGAAUCAGGCAGAUAUGUCUGAUACCGACGGAGUCGAUGACUGCCGACGGUUUGACAAAGCCAAUGUUGAGUACAUGUUUGAUGCGGCUUGUGUCAUCAGGAACGGUUGAGUUCAAGAAUGCCGACCACAACAUGGAGGUCGGGUAUUUGCCGACCAGCAAGGAUUCCACAGAGGAGGACCUCUACAAAGGUGACCGCACCAUCACCGAGAAGAUCGCCUACGGCACGCUUGCACUACUGACAGCACGUAAAGCCCCAAUCACGCUGGCAGCUCUCGUAAUGCUACCACAAGCAGCAUCAACGACUACCACCACUUGGCCUGAAAUUGCAAGUGCCGAUGAAGGUGUUUCUGACAGCUUCUUCAUCGGCAUCAUCCUGGUGUCGAUGGCUACGGCAUUGUUGCUGGAGCGGCUGAUCACCAUGAUCCACAAGUGGUACCGCGACUACGAGUCCAGGAAACACUUGCACGGCAUGCGCCGGAAGCUGGCGAACAUGAGCAAGAAGUAUCAAGAUGAGGCGCGGUGCAGCACGCGGGUGGUGCUGCUGGUUUCCGAGAUCUGCCAGCCCUUCGAGUCCGCCUCCGAGGAGGAAGGCGAGGGUCAGAGCUUCACCACGCGGCUGAGUCUCAAGAUCCAGGCCUUCGAGUUCGAGAGUCGAACCGAAAACCGGGGGCUGCAGACUGAGUUGAACAGCGAGAUUGAGAAGCACCAGAAGACAAAGGACCAGCUGGACGCGGCCAAGAAGAAGGCCUGCGCCGCCGAGGACCCGAAAAGACUGUGUUCCCGUCUGGAGAAGGUGGUGGGUUAA